AGCAUCCAAGUGGAUUUGACCAGAAGCGGUUCGGAUAUGGGUAGUGUGGAACUCAGAGCAAGACCUGAGCUGAAGAGUCCGAAGCACAUAAAGUAGUUAAAUGCUCCUGACUGGAUCCUGGAUAACUGGUAUGAGGUUUGGGGUUUGAGCCCAUGAAUGCUUUUGUCCUUGUUUCACUUCCCACUCCUCCUGCACAGUUUACUUGGGUGAUCUUAUUCAUGGCCUCUGCUUCGACAUUUGUGCUGAUGACUCUCAAAUCAGGGUCUUCAGACCGUACCUGGGGUCCAUACCCACACGCCUCACUGCGCUCCCAUGCAGUUUCAGCUGGCUGUUCCACUGGCAUUUCAAAUUCAACAUGUACAAAAUCAAGCUCUUUCUCUCUGUAAACCUGCUCCCCUGGCAUUCUUUUCUGCUUCAAUUCAGUCCAUCCCUGACCACCCACCCAGCCACCCACGCUGGAAAUCUGAGAUAUCUUUGACUCCUCCACCUUCCCACUCCCACAGCUAAUCAGUAGCCAAACCCUUUAGAUUCUACUUCCUAAUUAUCUUGAUAUUCUAUCUCCUCCGCCUCCUCUAAUUAUGACUUAAUUCAGGCUCUUAUUAUCUGUCAUUUAAAUUAUUGCUGUAUUGCUACAGGAGUGGUGUGUAUAUGUGCAACUGUUCAUCUUGGUAUGCUAUAGACUCUUGCCCAGCAGUUUUGCCUCAAUUCUUUAAAAGCUCCAGUUCAUUGUUUGAAAUAUCAAUCAGAACAUUUUUUCCAAAAUGCUAAAAUGAUUGUCAUUCCCCAGUUUUAAUAUCUCUAUCAUCUGCUAAGUAAAAGCAAGCUCCUCCUUGUGGCGUAGCAGGGCCCACGUGAUCUGGCCCUUGCCCGAAUUUGUAGCUCAUCACAACAUCCUACCCCCCGUUACCUCCUAUUAUACAGGAACACCCAAGCGACCUUCACAACAUUCAUAUCAACUAGUACACAGGGUCUCCAAAGAGGACCUCUGGAUGCCUGUGAUCUUUGUACUUCUGCCUACCCUUUGCCCUGGCGUGUUUUUCUCUUCCUUCAUGUUCUGCUGGCCAAAUUGUUUUUCCUUCAAGACUUAGGAGCCUGCCUGAUUAUGUUCCUCCUAUUCCGCAUCCUCAUAAAAUUAUUGCGACUUCCAAAACACUUGGCACAUUCUUAUUUGAAUACAUUACAUUGUCGUGUAAUUAUCCCUUGGCCCCCUCCCCCAGCACUAGACUCUAAGCUCUUUGAAGGCAGACUAUGCCUAUUCAUCUUUGUAUUUCUAGCCCUGGGCCCAACACCCAGAAUUUCUUGUAUUUUCAAUAUAUGUCUGCCAAAUGAAUUAGAGCUAAUGCCUGAAGGAGAAUAAGUUUUUUUGAGAAAGAGGAAGAGCCAGGAGGGAGGAGAAGGCAGGGUCCGAAGAGCCCUGGGGGUUUACUUGGGGAAGAUGCGGUUCCCCAUUGCAGCAUUCUGCCAGGAGGUGGCACUGCUCUGAAGAGCCAGCUGGUCGCUUACAGACUGAGGCUGACAGCUUGAAACCAAAGAGGGAACUCCACCAGGAAGCAACAUUCCUCCACUGGGCUUCCCAGCCCAGUUACAUGCCGUACUCUGCGCUGGUCAAACAGCCAAGUCUUCAGGAGGUUGCUGGCCCCAGGCGUCUCCCCAGUGACUGAUGAUGUUAAACCCUACGCUUCUCUGAUUGGUUUAGACAAAAUGACAAGGGCACCUAUUGGAAAUGAUCUGGCAAAACAUGAUCUAAGGCCACCCUCUGGGGGAGGGAGUUGGGGAAGCUGGGUUGGCUGGGUUGGUAGCUCCUACCUACUGUGUGGCGAGAAGGUAUGGGUCAUGAACAGAACCAAGGAGCUGCGCUGCUGCAGAUGCUACCACUUCUGUGGCUGCUACCCCACUCCUGGGCCGUCCCUGAAGCUCCUACUCCAAUGUGGCGAGAUGACCUGCAAAACCACACAUUCCUGCACACAGUGUACUGCCAGGAUGGGAGUCCCGGUGUAGGACUGUCUGAGGCCUACGACGAGGACCAGCUUUUCUUCUUCAACUUUUCCCAGAACACUCGGGUGCCUCGCCUGCCCGAAUUUGCUGACUGGGCUCAGGAACAGGGAGAUGCUCCUGCCAUUUUAUUUGACAAAGAGUUCUGCGAGUCGAUGAUCCAGCAAAUAGGGCCACAAGUUGAUGGGAAAAUCCCGGUGUCCAGAGGGUUUCCUAUCGCUGAAGUGUUCACGCUGAAGCCCCUGGAGUUUGGCAAGCCCAACACUUUGGUCUGUUUUGUCAGUAAUCUCUUCCCACCCAUGCUGACAGUGAACUGGCAGCAUCAUUCCGUCCCUGUGGAAGGAUUUGGGCCUACUUUUGUCUCAGCUGUCGAUGGACUCAGCUUCCAGGCCUUUUCUUACUUAAACUUCACACCAGAACCUUCUGACAUUUUCUCCUGCAUUGUGACUCACGAAAUUGACCGCUACACAGCAAUUGCCUAUUGGGUGCCCCGGAACGCACUGCCCUCAGAUCUGCUGGAGAAUGUGCUGUGUGGUGUGGCCUUUGGCCUGGGUGUGCUGGGCAUCAUCGUGGGCAUUGUUCUCAUCAUCUACUUCCGGAAGCCUUGCUCAGGUGACUGAUUCUUCCAGAUCAGAGUUUGAUGCCAACAGCUUUGGCCAUCCAAACAGAGGAUGCUCAGAUUUCUCACAUCCUGCCCAGGAUCUCUUCUUAGGGUAGAAGAAGUCUCUGGGACAUCCCUGGGGUGUGUGUGUAGAUUUCCCACUUGGGGACUCUGCUGUCCCUGGGCUUGCAUCCCAGGGAUCCCAGAGUGGCCUGCCUAUCACAACCACAUCCCUUCCUUCCACAAGGCAAUAAAUCUCAUUUCUUUA